CUUUACUUAAGUUGGUCUUCGUCGUACCCAAUUACUAACCGUCUCUUUUUCUUUUUUUUUUUGAUUCUUUUCAAAAUGUCGCCGUCGUUCUGCUCCGGCCGUUUCUCCGUCGUUCUCUUCCUCGUUAUCUCCGCCAUUCCCUUGGCUUACCUCGUUCUCCUAGAGCGAGCCGUUCCUUCGACGCACGUCUUCUCUUACCAGAGCUCCGGCUUCUUCCGCGAGUGCGCCAAAUGGGACGAUGUAGGUCGGAGAUUCCUCGUCUCCUUCAUGGACGGAGGCGGAAUCGGCGAGGUUGUUCCUAAAGACUCCGACGGUGGCAGCGACGUUCUUAAGGAGGUCACUUUGGUCAAAGACAUUGACCUCGCCGGAAACGCUUCCCUCGGAAUCGCUGUCGACCGCGACAGGAACCGUCUCCUUGUCGCUGUCGCCGAUUUACUUGGAAAUCGGUAUAGCGCUCUAGCGGCCUAUGAUAUGUCCACGUGGCGUCGCAUCUUCCUCUCUGAGCUUAGCGGCCAUAGUAAAGAGAAAUCAUUUGCAGACGAUGUAGCUGUUGAUGCACAAGGCAAUGCUUAUGUUACGGAUGCAAAAGGCAGUAAAAUCUGGAAGGUUGAUGUCAAUGGAAAGCUUGAGUCCACCAUUGAAAGCGCACUCUUCACUCCACCUGGAUGGUACAAUAACCUGGUCGCUCUUAACGGCAUUGUAUAUCACCCUGACGGGUUCCUUAUCGUCAUCCACACUUUCUCCGGUUUACUAUACAAGAUCGACCUUACCGCCCAUGGUGAUAAUAGUAAUAAGGUCACUGUAAUUGAAGUUACUGGUGGCACAUUGAGGUUUGGAGAUGGGCUUGAGUUGUUGUCUCCCACCAAGAUUGUUGUCGCAGGUAAUCCUUCUGCGAAAUUGGUCGAGAGCUCAGAUGGGUGGCGGACAGCUUCUGUGAAAGGCUGGUUCAGCAGCGGUAUGGUUCAUCGGUUUGCCUCGUCGGCUACUGUGAAAGAAGGAAGAGUUUAUCUAAACCACAUCGUUGGGUUUGGGUCUAAGAAGAGACACAUACUUGUAGAAGCUGUGUUUUAGAUUCUUAAGUUGUGCUUAUGAUCUCUUUUAUGUUUUUAUUGAAAUCUAAUGUAAAGCCUGUCUUUAUCAUAUUUCUUUGAAUCUAGCAUUGUUACACUAAUUAGAAGAUCUUAACAUCUUUCUCAUUACAAAUAUCAAUUUGAACCUUUGUGUUUGGGGUCAGAAAACUUGGACAAACAAAAAAACGCAUUCCCACAAGUGAAUUUAUAACAAUUCGUUACUUACACUUUAGUGUCACCUUCAUCGUCAUAAUGAGAAGGAGAAGCCGUAGAAACAGGUGGAGCAGUAGAAACUCCACGUGGAUCUCUUCUUCUACCUUGUUCGAAAAGCAAAAUCAUCCCAAACCACAAAGACCCUUUAACGAUCCUGACCAUACCAAUCGUCACAACCAUAUAAUAUAACCACCAGUUCACGAAAUCAACCGUUCCCACAUCCAAACCGACGUUAAGAUUUCCAUCGAUCGGUAAUAACAACAACAACAAUGCUCUUUUAGCCUCUGCCACACCAACCAAAGCCUCUACCUCAUCCCGAAGCUUCCACCACCACAACGUUCCACAGCUCACGGCCAGAGCCACUCUCUCCACCGCCGUUUCUUCUACCCGGUGGUGACCGGCAGUAUCUCCUCCGAUCAAUGUGCUGUCCACCACCGGUCUCACGAUCACCCUACUCCACAGAAGCAUUACCUCGUGAAGACCAAAGAAAAACACGAGCCUGCUCAAGAAAUUACGUUCGCUUCCGAUGAUCAAACCUUCUGAACUCGUUCCUUCCAGGCCUAGACCGACGGAGAUUUGGACAAGGAAAAGCGUGAGCCAUGCGAUUGUGACAUGUGGAUAAAAGGGAAUCGAACGGUUGGGUUCUGUAGCUGUGAUCUUGGUGGUUAGACCAAGAACUAGAGUGUAGACGCUUAUUGACGAAACGACGCCGUAUAGGAUCGCCGGAUUCGUGUAAUAAAAGAUAGAGAAGAAGAAGGAUGGUUUCGUUUCCGGCGGAGAUUUGAUCAAGGAGAAGAGGAAGGAGGCUGAAGAGAGACGGCUAAGGAGAAGGAAAGAAAGGGGAAGGAGGAGGCUGAGGAGAGUUGUUGUCACUAGCCGGAAAGGCUUAACAACCAGCUGCUCCGCCUCUCUCCGCCACUUUCCUCCGCCGGCGUGACUCAUUUUCAUCUAAGGCGGAAAGAAGGUUGAGAAGUUAAGGAACAUAAAUCCACUUUUUGUGUUAUUUAUAUAUAUGUUUUUUCUUUUGUUUUUUUGGAAAUUGAAGGUUUAUGUUUGAAGGAAAGAUCAAGGAGUGGGUGCCAU